GUCUGUCUCAGCCCGAGGCGCCGCCCCUCGCCCUCUCCAGUCCGGAUGGAAACAUGUCCACGGGGGCCGGGUCCCCGGCUCGGGGCGACUCCCCCAGACCGGCCCGGGGCUUCUUGGCCUGCGCCUGCUUCCACACGGACAACCUGUUCCUGCGGCGCUACGGUCUGCACGUCAGCUACCGGGACGAGCCGCAGCUCCGCAGGGACUAUGGGCUGGUGCUAGGUGAUCAUGGCUGCAGGAGUGAUGAAGACUUUAAUGCAGUUCUGGAAGAGAUUCAGAAAGAAGUGCAAAGAAGAAAGCAAUUAGAUCAUCAGUCCAUGGCAAGAAAAGCCAUAAUUUCACAAUGUUACAAACCAAAGCAUCCAGAAGUAUACGUUCUACAGGAUUCAUUUCUGGCUCCGGAGUUUUUAGAGACAGUUAAGUACUGCACGUCACAAGAUGCUGAUCUCCAAGGCCUCGUGCGCCGCAUUGAUUCUAUAUCAGAUAAGAGGAUAUAUCGACUUCCAGUGUUUAGUGAGGAAUUCUGUCGAGUCUUCAUUGAAGAGCUGGAGAACUUUGAGCAAUCUGAGAUGCCCAAAGGCCGGCCAAACACUAUGAAUAACUAUGGGGUUCUGUUAAAUGAGCUUGGAUUGUAUGAAGCUUUCAUUACACCUCUGCGUGAAAAAUAUCUGCAGCCCAUAACAUCCCUGCUUUACCCUGACUGUGGGGGAGGCUCCCUGGACAGCCACAAAGCAUUUAUCGUCAAGUACUCGCUACAUGAAGAUCUGGAUUUGAGCUCUCACUAUGACAAUGCAGAAGUCACAUUAAAUGUAUCCCUGGGAAAAGAAUUUACUGAGGGCAACUUGUAUUUUGGAGACCUCAGACAGGCCCCAACCCCAGUGCCAAAGUACGUGGAGAUUGAACAUGUGGUAUCCCAAGGCUUGCUACACCAAGGAGGGCAGAUUCAUGGGGCACUGCCUGUCGCCUCCGGGGAGCGCUGGAACCUCAUUGUAUGGAUGAGAUCAUCUGCUGUCCGCAAUCAGCUUUGUCCCAUGUGCAACAAGAAACCUGAAUUAGUGGAUGCUGAAGGGUUUGGAGAUGGGUUCACAAGAAGUCCUGAAGGUGACAUGCCCAAGACUGUGGAUUUAUGCUCUUUAAUAUAGGAGAUGGUAAGGAGUGAAUUCUCCAGUCUGAGCUGGCUAAAACUGAGCUCCAAGCCCCAAGAUAGCAGAAACAAGCACAGUAUCCCUUUUGUCAGGUCAACAAAUAGCUUCUUAGAAGGCAACUCAAAAACUUCUCCUGGGGGAGGGAAAACAGCUUUUUGAGCAGCAGCCGCCAUCUGGGGUCUACUGGAGGAGUUGGUGUCUGGGUAGACAAUGCCUGCACUGUGGGAAUUUUUUAUAAGCAUAUUCUGAAAAUGUAAAAAGGCUUAAGGUAUUGAUCUAUACUGUGAACUGCAGAGGUACAAUCACACGUAUAGAAAACAGGCAGAAAGACUGCUUAGAUCUUAUACAAAGACAGCUGCUCUGACAGCCACUGUUACUGGUUGAUGUGUAAAAAAAAGAAUUAUAACAAUAUGCUAUCAUGUCAGUCAGCGUCCAUUCACAAUUACCACUACCCUCUUCUGGAUGGAAUAUCAAACUUCACUAGGGUAAGAGCCUGCUGCUUCCCAAUGGAUGGAAUGCAAGACCCGCCCAGAAUGUGACAGUGUUGUCCCCUAGUGGCUAAAACAAGCAACUUUGUGAUCAAGUUGCUUCCAAUGGCUGCAUCUUACAGGACAAACAUAAACCUAUUACUCUAUAAGUGAGUCACUUAUUGCCUUUAUAACCCCAGACUCAAAGUGCUAAAAAUCACUUUUUAAAGAUAUUGUGGAUUCCACAUGAACAAGCAGAAAUCAGCUGGAGAGCCAAAGAUUUGGGGGACUGUUUGCAAUUUAUGACAACCGGUCUCUCUGGUGUAAGGAGAGAGUAUGCAGAAGUAGUCUAAACAUUUGUAAUCACCUUCCAUUAGGUAUGAGAAUAUCCUUCCAAGGUGGGCAUACAAAAUAAACUAUCUCCAAGGCUGUGGCCCACAAAAGCUUAUGCUCAAAUAAAUUUGUUAGUCUCCAAGGUGCCACAAGUACUCCUGUUCUUUUUGCGGAUACAGACUAACACGGCUGCUACUCUGAAACCUAUCUCCAAGCGAAGAGUGGACAUUCUAGUCCCUUACAUGACCAAUACAAUCUUUUGAAUUCUUGAAUUUGGCACGAAUAUCCCACUAUGACGAGUGCAUUAGAGAGCGUGAGAUUAGAUAGUCACACACACUGUCUGUCUCAGGGCCUGUUAGUCCAUGACAUUAAUUCAAAGCUUCAAGUCACAGACUCCAAAAAUCUAGAAAACUGAUAUUCAAGAAGCCAAAAUAUCCUUUUGAUUUUGUUGCCUCAUGUGACUCCUGAGAAAACUAGAUGUCUAUUAGCUAUCCAUAUCACUGACUUUACUUGCAUAAUGACAGGUUUUCGAAGAAGUGGGCUGUAGUCCACGAAAGCUUAUGCUCUAAUAAAUUUGUUAGUCUCUAAGGUG